GCUCCUUGACUUCUGAUGGCGUUCCCCAUGGCUGACUCUGCUGUCCCUUACUCUCUGGGCCCGAGUGCCCAGGUUUCCGGCACCUACCGAGACGCUGCAGGUAUUAAACAGACAAGGGCCCUCAAACCAGAAGAUGCUUCCAGAAGACGAGCAGAAUUAGAAGCAGCAGUGCAAAGGAAGGUGGAGUUUGAGAAGAAAGCUGUGCACAUUGUUGAGCAGCUUUUAGAAGAGAACAUCACAGAGGAAUUCCUAAAGGAAUGUGGGAUGUUCAUCACACCGGCUCACUAUAGUGACGUCGUGGAUGAGCGGUCCAUCAUCAAACUCUGUGGCUAUCCUUUAUGUCAGAAGAAGCUAGGAGUUAUCCUGAAACAGAAGUAUAAAAUUUCUACUAAAACCAAUAAAGUCUAUGAUAUUACUGAAAGAAAGUCUUUCUGCAGCAACUUUUGUUACAGAGCAUCCAAAUUUUUUGAAACACAAAUUCCCAAAACUCCGGUAUGGGUUCGAGAGGAAGAAAGGCCUCCUGAUUUUCAGCUGCUGAAGGAAGGACAAAGUGGCUGUUCUGGAGAAGUAGUGCAAUUCUUCAACGACGCCAUUACAGCAGCAGACAUCGACAGUCCUGGGGCCUAUGAGGCACAGUGUAAGCCACUGUCUCCCAGCACGAGGAGUGAACACACCAGUGAUGAUGAGCAAGGCUUCGUGUCCUCGCUUCUCCCAGGAAACAGGGCACAGGCAACAGCUAGAAAGCGACAGCCGCACAGAGAAAGCAGCAUAGAGAGAAGGAAAGCUGGUCAGAAAGUGGACUCCAGGUGCAGAGAGCAGACUGUGGCAGAUGUCACUGAGCAGCUGGGUGACUGCAGAUUGGGCAGUCAGGAGAAAGCCGAUAAAUUUCCUUCAAAGAAAGAAGAUGCUCAGAUUUCUUUACCCGUCCCUCCAAGUGAAGGACUGCCCACCUCAGCAGUUCCUGACGGCAGGACAGGUGUGUCAGAGGUCACUCUUGUGGGGAUUAGCAAGAAAAGCGUUGAGCAUUUCAGGACCAAAUUUGCCAAAUCUAACCAAGGUUCUGGGUUAGCCUCCACCCCGGUGCAGGUAUGCCCUGAGGUUGCAAAGGCAAACUUACUUCGAAUUCUAAAGGACACCUUGACUGAAUGGAAGACAGAAGAAACACUGACAUUUCUGUAUGGCCAAGAUCGUUCCUCUGUGUGCCCAAAACCAUCCCUAGCCCCUGUACCUGGUGAAGAACUUGAUGAAGAUGAUGUAAGUUGUGGGGCAGGUAGUUGUGGUCCUGCCCCGAGCCAACCUCAGAACAACCUGGAUGAUACACUAUCCGUUAAAGGCUCGGGUACGGCCAUUAACCCAGUGCCAAGCUACGAGAGCUUGAAAAAAGAAACAAAAAUGCUAAACCUGAGGGUCAGGGAGUUCUACAGAGGACGCUAUGUCUUAAGUGAAGAAAUGACCAAGUUGCAGGACCCAGGAGAGAAUGUGCUUCGGCGUGAUCCCAGCUUCCCACUGAUUGAUUCAAGUUCCCAGAACCAGAUUAGAAAACGGAUUGUACUUGAAAAAUUGAGCAAAGUAUUGCCUAGACUUUUGGGUCCUCUUCAGAUUACAAUAGGUGAUGUUUACUCUGAACUUAAAAACCUUGUGCAGACUUUCAGAUUGUCAAAUCAGAACAUCAUACACAAGCCCGUGGAAUGGACUUUAAUUGCUGUGGUAUUGCUGACACUGUUAACACCAAUUCUGGGCAUUCAGAAGCAUUCUCGGAAAAAUGUGGUAUUUACACAGUUUAUAGCCAUCCUGCUGAAAGAACUGCAUUUAAAAUGUGAAGAUCUUGAACAUUUAACCAUAAUAUUUAGAACCAGCUGCUAAGAAGCAUGAUAUAAUUCAGGAAGAUAAAGAUGAAUUCUACUCACCAUACCUGGAAUUUUAGCCAAUGAGAAUCCAUGAGUGACUAAGAGUAUAACUUCCUCAGGAGAACCAUGACCCCCAGCAGGAAGAAGAAAGCCCUUACAAGCGAACCUCAAAACACAGGGUCUUUAUCUGAAAAGGAAAAAAAAACUGAAAUUUGAAAUAAUAUUCAAGAAAAUGCAAUUACCUUUAUUUUUCUGGUUGAUUACAGCCAGAAAAUUUUAAUUUUGAACACUUAUGAACACUUGUAAACUCUAUCAUACCAAAUAACAACAAAAGUUAAGUCAAUAAAUGUGACCUUCAAUGAA